AUGAAAGGUGUGAUGAGGUACGGGAAGAAAGGGAAAUUAAGCCCAAAGUACAUAGGGGCUUAUGAGAUCAUUCAGAAAGUGGGAAAAGUGGCUUUUAAGUUGGAUUUGCCUAACGAGCUUGAAAGGGUUCACAAUGUGUUCCAUGUGAGCCAAAUUCGAAAGUAUAUUCUUAAUGUGACACAUGUGUUACAACCAGAAACCAUUGAGAUGGAUGAGAAUUUGACUUAUGAGGAAAGACCAGUAAAGAUUCUUGACUCUAAGGUCAGGAGCACAAGGAACAAUGAUGUGAGCAUUGUGAAAAGUGGGCCUAGCAUGCGUUUAUACGGCUCUGGUGACCUGCGAGCCCGUUUUGAAAGUUUGUCCGAGCUUGCAAAAGAGAUUGUGGCACUUUUUGGGAUUGACUCCCAGCAGGCGGCUCUUCGGGAUUUAUCAAGUCAGCCUGCAUCGUCAGCUUUCCUCCGUGGAUUGCUGGAGUUUUGGUAG